AUUAUCUCCCCUCAUGAUAAGGGUAUCAGCCAAGGGAUCUUAGACAGCCUGGAGCCGAGAGAAGAUUCCUGGAAUAUUGAACUGCUGGAGACCAACACAGAUUUGAUUUUUGAUCCACUGUCAGAGAUUACAAGGCGAUACAAUGAUGAGGCUCUUUCCUUGUGUUACAUGAGGUAUAAUUUUAAAUGUAGCUGCAAAUCAUUUGUCAGGAAGAGACAACUGAUACCAUGUUUAUAUUCUUUUGAUGUGUUACUGAUUUGAAAAAUGUACAUUGGGAGUAAAAGGAGGGAUUUAGUAUUAGUUAUCUGUUAUGAGAGUUCCUUGUUUUUGUCUUAUAAAACUUAAAAAAGAGGAAUCUAAAAUUGUAUGGUUUAUAUUUUAAUAGAGAUUUUAAUAGAUAAUAGAGAUUUUAAUCAUGCAUUUUUUAAUUUUUUUUUAAAUAUUGAAAGUCUUUAUUUUCAGACCUCAAUUUUUGGCCAUAGAUGAAUUUACAAGUCUUCUCACAUUGAAAAUUCAUAUUGUCAAAUUUUGGUUAAAAUCAAAACAUUUUUCUUGAUCCUGGUGAACUGUGGAUACAAAUCCACUAUUUUGAUGUUGGUUGUGCUAAGAGAUUGGUUUAAUUACAGAGAGAAAAACCAGGAAUGCCCUGUCCGUUUUACCUACACAGCCAUGCAUGGUGUGGGCUACGACUACAUUUUGGAAAUCUUUAGAGCGUUUGAUUUCAAGGAUCCCAUUCCUGUCGCUGAACAGGUGUGUGUUGCUUUUUUCUAAAUCCUCUUUGCUUGUUAUUUUUAAGUAUUAUAAUAGGUACCAAGUUCAAUUUCAGUUCUCAGAUUUUUAAAAGUUACACACAUCUUACGUGUUGCUAGUUUGUAACAUACCAUUAGUUUACAAUUUACAUUUACUAAUCUUGCUAAUCUGAAGAUUUAAAAUGACCUUAAAUUAGUAAAAUCAAGUAUUGAUAAGUCUUUGCUAAUGCUGUUUAAAGUUUUAGUAAACAAAUACAUUACUAUGUCCAUAGUUUUUAUUUUCAUGUCAAGUGUAUAAUAACUGUAAGUCUGACUUUUAUGUUUGUAACAUUUAUUUCCCAUUUCAAGUCUCCAAAUGGGUUUUAUGUUUAUUUUUUAAAACUAAAAUCAACUAUUUUAUGUAUACAAUUAUGGCUCUGUUCAUAGAUACAGCCUGAUCCUGACUUCCCUACCGUCAAGUAUCCUAAUCCAGAAGAAGGUGAAGGUGCCCUGGUAAGAGCUACUGUAUAUGCCAUCGCUUUUGAUUUUAGAUUUUUUUUAAAUCAUCCAUUUUAAAUUGUUUCUCUUUUAAUCUUUUAGUUAAUCUGCCAGUUUUAUCGGCAGGAUAUUGCUGGUAUAGUUAAAUCAAUAUUUGAAAUCGAAUACGGGAUCUGGCAUAGUAUGUUAAUUAGUUUUUCUCCCAAGUCACAAAUGAUGUCACAAAUCUUUGUUUUUACAGAGAGUUACUUGGUAUUGGUGAGAAUAUUGUUAUCAAAAUUUAAGCUUUCAAAAGGAGUUAAAAUAUAAUUUUUAUUGUUUUGAAUUUUGACAGAAACUUGCUAUGGCAACAGCAGACAAGAAUAAAAGUAAAGUCAUUCUAGCAAAUGAUCCAGAUGCAGACAGGCUUGCAGUUGCCGAAAGAGUAGAAGGGUGAGGAAAUGCUAUGAAUGCUUCAAUUGUCAAUAUAAGUCACCAUUAUUCCGGUAUAUUUAAAAAAGUGAAAUUCAGCAUACUGGGUAUGUAAGUGAAAAAUAUAUUUACUUUCAAUGUUACAUUCUUCAUCAAUUUCGUUUACAAAAUAAAUUAAGAUAAAACAUCAUUUCCUGCUGAUACAAUGUAACUGUCGUAUUCUGUAUUUUGUUAGGUUUUGCAUUGUUUCAUAGAAAUUUGCUCACAAUUGUUUAAAAUUACAUUUUCAGUAAUUGGCGUGUGUUUAAUGGAAAUGAAAUCGGAGCUUUUCUUGGCUGGUGGUGUUGGGUAUCUUGGCGUCAGAAAAAUCCCAGCAUAGAUUGUGAGUUGUUACAUUGUGUUGCUCUACAAAGAUGUUUGUUUUUAGAUAUCUGUUUCAUGGAGUAUUCAUUCAGUUUCGUUCUGUUAUAAAAUUAGCAAAACUUUAAGAAAUUGAUAUUAAUGAUGUUAUUAUCGUUACUAUCACAGAGUACCUACACCAAAACUUUCCUGAACUUUUACCGGGUAAUAGACAUUAAAUAUGAAAAUUUUGGCCCUUUUCACAGAAUAAAAAUUAUAGAGGUCAGCCGUGGUAAAAUUCGUUUUCCAUUUUCUGUAAAGUAUUUCUCACUGUUAAAUUUGAGAGAAUUUAAGAAAUUUUUUUGUUUUUCUUUCAGUAUCUAAAGUAUACAUGUUAUCCAGUACUGUGUCCUCAAAGAUUCUUGAAGCCAUAGCAAAGAAGGAAGGCUUUAAUUUUAUUGUAAGUGUCAACAAGCAGUCAACUUUAUUUUUAUUCUCCAUUGAGGUAUUUCUUCAUCAUGUUUUCUUGCCGUCAUAUUUUUAAUAUGAUUAACUUCUCUUUGUCUUUAAUUUAAAAUAAUGUGGACAUUGUGCAGACUCUAAAGUUUAAUAAUGAUCUUAAUUGCCAGGAAACUUUGACCGGGUUCAAGUGGAUGGGAAAUAAGACGGAAGAACUUCUUAAAACCGGGAACCACGUUUUAUUUGCUUUUGAAGAAGCUAUUGGUAAGAAUUCGUUUUUUGUUAUCAUUUUGAUUUUUUUAUGUGAUUUUAAGGUAGAGAGCUUGAGAGUGUUUUUGAAAAUCAUCCUUGCAUCAACAUAAGUUAAUUUAUAAAUGUUAUCUGAAAACACCAUGAACAUUGAAAAAAAGAAUUGUUUAAUCCUCUUCAUCUCUAGGCUACAUGUGUGGUUCAUUUGUAAUUGACAAAGAUGGCGUCGCAGCAGCUGCUGCAGUUGCUGAACUGGCUAAUCAUGUCUACUCUACCAACUCUUCACUUUCCCAGCAGCUAGAAGUCAUUUACAAAACGUGAGUAUGAACAUGAAUAGAAAAUACAUUUUUUUAAAAUAAUUUAUUCCUUUUUUUUAAACUUUGUUUUGCAUUUUGUUUUAAGUUAAAUAAAUUUCCCAAUCAGAACAAAAGUUUUUGCAAACACGGGCUAACUUUUAGAAAAAUUAUUUUAGAACUGACUUUGAAAAAUUAAAUGCCAGGUAGAUAUUUAAAGAGCCUAGAUAAAUAUUUAAGGGGCAUGGCAACCAGCUGUGUGUAAUUGUAGUCUCACUUCCCCAUCUCCCUUCCCCCAUGUAAAAUUAUAUUUUUUAUUCAAAGUUUAAAUAGAAAGUUUCAUGAUGAAAAUUCAUUGCUUCAUAUAUUUCCAGAUACGGGUAUCACCUGAGUCAGAACUCAUAUUUCAUCUGCCAUGAUGCUAAAACAAUUAAGGACAUGUUUGAAAGACUCCGCAACUUUGAUGGAAAUUUCAAUGUAAGUAAAUAAUCAAAUAACUUUUAUUUUUGUAAAUUGGGACCUGAAUUGUAAAUGUAAAAUACAGUGAAAAAAUGAUAACAAAAACUUGUCAUUUGCUAAUUAUAAAAUUCCUAAUUAUAAAUUAUUAUCACUGAUACUACCGACUUGUAUUCACCCCUUCGACAGCUUCGCUCCUCUGCAGACAUGCGUAUUCUGUCCGUUCCCAAGACACACACUAAAACAUAUGGUGAACGAUCUUUCUCUUUCUGCGCCCCCAAACAAUGGAGUUCUUUGCCACUAAACAUACGCAAUAUACCAACCACCCAGGCCUCCAAAACUGCACUAAAAACAUAUCUUUUUAAAUUAUACUACCCUGACUGAUUCCCCUCCUCUGACCGAUAAAUGAUCUUGCUGGCUGCCGUCCAUGGUUUGCCUUGUAAAAGUUAUGUGGUGGGGUGGGUGAAUAUACAUUGCUGUUCUUUAUUUCAUAAAUGUAUUUUAUUUUAAUGUCAUGAUUAUGUCUCUUUUGAUAAAAUUUUUAUGUACAGCGCGGUGAGCCCAGCCCUAAGCUGGGGUACCGCGCUAUAUAAGAGGUCUUAUUAUUAUUAUUAUUAUUAUAACCUGUCAACAAAUGAUAAUGUCACUUCCAACUUUGAAAUUAUUUUGAUUUUGUGACUUAUAAAAUUAUCUCCCUAUCAAAUGUGUAAAUGUGAGACCCAACUUCUAAGGGGUAUUCUGAACCCUAAUUUUACUGUUAAAGCUUCUCUAACCCUAGCAACAAUAAUAUCUUUAAUUGGUCUAUUUGCUAAAUAUCAUUGGAAGUUAACAAAUAUCUCUGACACCAGUUAAGUCAUCACCAUUUAAAAAAAACAAAUACACCAAUCAUCAACUAUAUUUCAAAUAGUUGAAAUAUUUAAUCUAACUUUAAAUAGCCAAACUUGUAUUUAAUCUCUUAGAUUAGUAACAAAUGAAAUAUUUUGUUGACAGUAUCCAACAAAGUGUGGUGACUUUGAGAUUGCUCAUGUGCGGGAUCUCACCACUGGCUACGAUAGUGAAACCCCAGACAAGAAGCCCGUACGUCAUUUAGAUGUGUUAAUGUUUAAAAUUAAAGUAUCAAAUUAUUGUAGCAUUUCUUAUUAGUUGUUAAGAGAUUUAUUUCCAUCUACUUUUUGAUUUAACUGUCCUCAAAUAAAGUGAAUGUGCAAGACUGCUCAGUUAGAAGGAUGAGCAAGAAAAUUUUUAAAAAUUAAUUAAAUCUUAAGAUUUCAUCUUAUGAAGUAAAUUAUCUAUUUUUUUACUCUUCUGUAUUAAAAAAAAAGUUUUUUUUGUUGUUGUUUUUUCAAACCAUUCUUAUGAUUCCUUCUUUUUCUUUUUUUUUUAUGUCAGUCUUACACAAAAAAUUAAUUUUAAUAUUAUCAAAAUAUUUUAAUAAAAUCGUAUGAAGAUAGAUUGACCAUGCAUUAUUGUCAGAAUGCUAAAAAGUAUUCCAUCAACAAAACCGAUAAAUUUACUUGAAUUAAAAGCUAUCAUACUCUAUUGUUGUGACUUUUAUCCAGAUCCUCCCCACCAGUAAGUCCAGCCAGAUGAUCACUUUCAAGUUUGUCAAUGGAUGUGUGGCCACACUGAGAACAAGUGGAACUGAGCCUAAAAUAAAAUAUUAUGCUGAGCAUCGACCCAACCCUGAAUCCGGGUAUGAU